CUCAGCUAAAGGGCCGUUUUUUCAGGAAAUUCUCUCUUUUAUCUGUUAUGCUCAUUUCCGUAAUCUGUGCUCUCGAAAGAGCAACUGGAGACGGAGUUUGAUACGGUCUCACCCCGUGAUGCCAAGUGCCGCUAUGUUCGCUUCUUCACAGCGCGGUGCCGUUUCAUUACGAAUUCAGUUCUCACAACGACGUACAGCCGAAAUUUUGUGCGUGUUGUGCCGGUUCUCCUUUGUGAGGCUCAGUUCGUUACUGUUGCAGUGCCCCCUCGGGACGAUACCGUUGCUUGCUGUUUUGGCGGAUUUCGUGUAGCUGAUGCAGAGCUGCAACCGCGUUUUUCGAUUUGCGAUCUGUAUUUGCGCUGCAGUAGAAAACGUACUUCGGCGCUUCGUUUUUUUCAUGUGAACGAGGGGUCUCUGGGUGUUUUCUGCCUACUGUAUCGCAGGGCGUACCCCGCAGUUGGUGUGUUCGGUCGUUGCUAGUCAUUAUUCAGAAAAGGAAUUUGCGUCGCCUGUGUGUGUCAACUUUUCCAAUCCAUUAUCAGAAUUUGGGAGUUGUUCAUUUAGUCAGUUGGUGGACUUGCAGCUGUUCUUCCGCGGUCCUUUUCAGACGAAUGCUGUCCACCUGCCUGGUGUAAACGUCGGUGGAAUCUGCUGACGUUUCGUUAUAUGGGUGGACGGAAUGCCUUCGAGACCAUCCACAGAAAAAGACACUAUCCAUACUUUUUGAGUGUUUUUUUGAGACGACUGCAGUUCAAGCAGCCAUCACGUCCUGAUUUUGUGCGCAUCCGUCGAAGAGGCAAAAUGGGCCAGGUUUUGAGUCAUUGUUUCACGACCGUUGACGCGGCGUACGGUUGGCUGGGGCGGCAAUGGGAUCGCACCAUUCAACCCCUUUUUCACUACGGCGUCAUUCCUGCACUCUUCGUUGUUGGCCUGGCCUACACGGGAGAGUUGACUCUGGAUCCGACGAGCUUAUUCCAGAAAAUUGUCAUCAACUGACGAUUGUAUGGAAAACGCGGACAGUCAUUCUUGGGGUCAAGGGCCGCUGAAAGGAAUUCGGCACAUGAGUCUAGCAGCCAAGUGAUUUCUCGCCUUUUGCGUUGCAAAUCAGGCACAGAGUUUUCAGCGGAUUCUGGUUGCGGAAGCGAUUAUCUGUUGAUCUGCCGUAUGCAGUUUUUUUCGUCGCCUCUUUGCUUUCCUCGACAUUUGCAGGGUUGUACCGUGUCAUACGCAUUGGGGUUUUUUCCUCACUGUCGUGGCGGUUGCCGUUUAUGGCGGUUCAAUGAGCAUAUUGAGUUAUGCUCAACUGUGUGUUACUCGUUACUCUGACACGUUGGUUGCUGUCGCAUAAGAACGGUCGUGGGGGAGCAGGUUACCACAGAAAUCAUGUACGUUGGUACUGUUGUUCCGCUACGUUGUGCCUUUGCAGCGCGUCUUUCCUACAACUUUUCUGGUAGACAUAUGAGAACAAACAGAGUAGCGGAAAUGUUUAACGACGGUCUAGAGAGAACAGUGCAAUACUCGAGUAAAAUGGCUUAGCAAAAAAGUCAGAGGAUACGCUGUGUUCAGAACCGAGACGACGGAACGAAGCCAUACAUUGCCGUAGAGCGGAUGGUGAAGCGGAAUUGAUUCUGGCACCCAUGUCGCUGUCACCGUUGAUCUUUCGAUGUACGUCCGAUCAAGUUCCUACCGUGAUAACCGUAAACAAUCCGGUGCAUCAAUACUAUUAUUUUCAAGCAGAGAGCAAGGCACUUCUGUAAGACGGGUAUUAACGCCACUCGGUGAUUGAGUGCGUUUUAGGUUUCAACGGCAGACAUUGCUGGUGCACGUAAUGUUGCUGCUACGUUAUGAUCAACUCUCACGGAUUCAUUUUUGUGGCGAACACAUUUAAAAUAUCCGCCCCGUAUUGGUUGUUAAGUCAUGCCAAAGUGUACAUCGCUAUUCAUAUGGUUCAGACGCCGUUUACAACCAACUGUGAAUUGAAUUCACAAAAGUUUCAUCAUGCGGUGGAUGGUCUAAGAUAAGGAAUUGCUAUUCACUGUCGACCCAUCGAGAGACAGAUUGAUUCUUAAUGCGUCAGGUCUCGAAGCCGCAGUGAUACAUUCCAGUUGUCUUAAACGUUCUGAUAACAUUUAGUUCUUUGCUUCCCCCUGACGAU